AUGGCCGACCGUCUAGCUCCAACAAAGCGACAUCAAUAUAGGCACAACGGACAAGUCGUUUAUGAAUGGGAUCAGACGUACAGUGAAGUAAACAUUUACACCAAUGUUCCUCCUGGCGUCACCGGAAAGCAAUUGUACGUCGACAUAACCACGCAGCACCUGCGCUUUGGAAUCAGGCCCAACCCGCCCUACAUGGAUAGCGACCUGGCGGCCCCCGUCAAGGUCUCCGAAAGCUUCUGGACUCUAGAGGACGGUGUGCUGCACAUCAACCUGACGAAGCUGGCGGAGGGUGAGGUGUGGGGCAGCGCCAUUGCGGGACACUCCCUGGACCCGGUCACCCAGCAGGCUGAUCAGCAGCGACUCCUGCUAGAGAGAUUUCAAGUGGAGCACCCGGGGUUCGAUUUCUCCCAGGCCACAUUCAACGGCCAGGUGCCCAACCCGCGCACCUUCAUGCGGGACUUGGAGUCAGCUCCCCACCCCGAGGACGAAAAUGACAUGUAGCAGCUCAACACGGCAGAGGACAUGUAUGUGGUUGGCUUUUCCUCACACAGGCGACCCGGAAGCACAACGUUUUGGGAGGAAGCAGGAAAACAAGGCAUAAACAUUUCGGUUCAGCACGGAAACGCGCCAAGGCUGUGCGGGGGGGAAAACGUAUGGAGGACUCUGGCCUGGCUGGGAGUAGUGAGAAGUCAAGGAAAGCCUGAAAGGAGGGAGGGACGAUGAUGGGUAGAGCCAGGCGGCCAGUCGUGGAUGACGUGGAAGAAGUGUGACAUACGGCUAGGUGGCGCCGGUGUCGGGUUCGGGGGCAGCGAGGGAAAGGGGCGCAACUUUCUUUCCCUCCGGUGGCUGGAGUCUGCUGGUGGUGAUGGCGUGUAACCGGAUACACGAUAUAUUGGUGCUACACAACUGCGGGAGGUCACCACUGUUGUGCCAGCGGAAAAAACCCAUUGGCAUGGGAAUUCUUUGACACCAAAUUGCAUAGCACCAAAAUAUGCUGUACACCGUC